ACCUGUGUCGCCACUAGGUGCCUACGAAACGCAAUGGGCCUGUCCUACCUGCCUUACCUGCAGUCUACCCCGGCUGACAUUACACGAACGGUCGCUACAGUAGGCCUGCUGCCUCUGUUCAUCAUUCACUUUGAUGGUAUUCGGUGCCCGGCUGCUCUUCCUCCAUUGAGUCACCUGGUAAUUGGUCCGCUCUCCGUAACCGUUUGUUUGCGGGGCUAGUACGUGAAGGCAGGCGCGGACUGUCAACACCACGCCAUCGUCGGCCCAAGCCACGUCCUUGACCAUAUAAGCCCGGCCGACCUCGUUCUACUCCUGCUUCGUCACUCGUUGAAAUACUUUCGCUCCUUAGAUUGCCUCUCAUUAAUUUGCUCCAAACCUGUGCACAGCAUCACGAAUCGACUGCACCUGCUGUCCGAACAACUCAUACCUAUUGAAUCUCGCCCUUGGCCCUACACCCUACAAACAGAUAUCCAAUAUCUCUGCCGAAACCUAGCCAUGAAGAUUUUCGCUUCCCUCCUUGCUCUCACGGCAGUCACAGCUGUCGCCGCUCCCGCCAAUGAGAUCAGGCGCCGCGAUCUCGCUGCCGACGAUGCUCCUCAUCAGGACGAUCCGAACUUGAUUAGCGCCGUCAUGCGGGCUCACUGGUACUGGCGCAGAUUACAUUGUGCACAGGACCUUGUUUGGGAUACUGAGCUUGCCAACGCCGCGCGUGCUGAUAUCUCAGAGUGCCCAAAGGACCCCGAACAUAAACGCUCCGGCAGCAAUCUCUCGUCCGUGAACCCACCCCCUGAAGGUUACGAUGCUUGGGUCGAGUUCGCUCGCACUGCUACCCACGGCUGGCACGAGGAGGAGACCAAGUACCCCUACGACAACCCACACUUUGAUCCUGCAUGGGGACACUUCAGUCAGAUGGUCUGGCGUAACAGCACGCGUCUUGGGUGCGCCCUUGGUCACUGCCCCAGCGACGUCAACUGGCCGGGACGCUUCUACUGCUACUAUUCGUUCUUUGGCAAUAAUAUUGCGGCUGGGCAGUUUGAGGCUCAAGUUUGGGCGCCCGUGUGCAAAGAUCCUGACGUUGCUGAGGUCACGAAGCGCGAAGACGUCAAUUUCAACUGGGCUCGCGUUUGAGAUGCCCACGCUUGCUUGUCACACAACUCUGCGUACCGCCUGCGUAACGAGACUUACGACAGCCUAACCUUUCUCUCAUCACGAUGUUUGGCGCUAUACCCUAUUCACGGAUCUCUGUUCACACAUACCUUGUCUACUUGGAGAUUUGCUGCCGCUUGUCUGGCAUGACUUACUAUAUCACUGGUUCUGGCAACACUGGUGGUGGUGAGACGUUGAUGACUAUUACCAGUGGUCGACUGUUACCAGUUGUUGGAAUGUGUCAGGUAAUGAAUCCGGCGUAGCUUGCUGG